AUGUCUGGCCACUGUUUGACCGGCACAUUGACCGGAAUUUUAGGUCCUUCUGGAAGUGGCAAAACGACGUUUUUAAAUAUUCUCAAUGGCAACAAAGUUCCAACAUCAGGCAACAUUUAUUUGGGCAACCAUUUAAAAGCAGCAUUACCAGUGUCUUACAACAUUCAACAGCAUGUGCAUGAAAGUAUCGUUGGCGAGUUAAAAGUAGGAGAAAUUUUAGAGUACGCCUACGCUUUUAAAAAUGGACCAAGUUUAAAUGGAAAACAUCAGGUUAAAAAGCAUAUUAAAAAGAUUAUGAGUGCACUUCUAUUGCCAUUGAAUCUGCUCACACAACGUUUUGAAAAAUGCAGCGGUGGCGAGCAACGCCGAAUUUCCGUUGCUCAGGAGUUAAUGGCAUUGACUCUUCCGGAUUUUAUAUUUUGCGACGAGCCGACUACAG